AUGUCAUAUGUCAUGUGCCAGCUGUGGUGUAAAAUGAAAAUAAUGUAAAUCAAUAAAUUUGUUUUGUAUAAAAUAAAAGUUCAUAAUAAAUUAUGGAAGUUAAAAUUGAAGUUAAAGAUGAGUUUGGAGAAUAUGAUCAAAAAAAUGUGGAGAAUCAGCUAUACACAGACAUAAAUGCUGGAGAAUUGAAGAAUGAACCUGACUAUGUUGAGACAAAAAUAAAUCUUGGAGAAAUAAAGGAUGAACCCGACUAUGUUGAGACAAAAGUAAAUCUUGGAGAAGUGAAAGAUGAACCCGACUAUGUUGAGACAAGUUUUUCCCAAAAUAAGAAUGGGCUUGAAAUUGUGAUAUUACCUGGACAACCAAAUAAUACCGAAAAAACGAGUCAAGAAGUAGUUAAUGUUAGUGAAAGACCAUACAAAUGUGAAAUCUGUCUUAAGCAGUUUACUGAAAAACGUACAUUAAAUACACAUAAGAAAACUCACAGCGCACGAAGACCUUAUAAAUGUGAAAUUUGUUUUAAGAGGUUCAUUUACAAAGGAAUUUUAAAAGAACAUAUGAAAAUUCACUCAGGAAAAAGACCUUGCAAGUGUGAAAUUUGUUUUAAGAAAUUUGUCAACAAAAGUUCUUUAAAUGUACAUAUGAAAACUCACAGUGGAGAAAGGCCUUAUAAAUGUGAAAUGUGUCUUAAAGAGUUCGUUAAUCAAAGUAAUUUAAAUAGCCAUAUAAAAGUUCAUUCUGGAGAAAAACCAUUUACAUGUGAGAUUUGCCAAAGGCAAUUUAGUCAAAAAAGUGCUUUAAGUGAUCAUUUAAGAGUUCACACUGGAGAAAGGCCUUAUCAAUGUGAAAUAUGUCUUAAACAGUUUGCUCAAAGAAGUAAUUUUAAAAGGCAUUUGAAACAUCACACUGGGCUAAGACUCUAUAAAUGUGAAAUUUGUCUAGAAAAGUUUACUGAAAAAAGUGAUAAAAAUGAACAUAUGAAAGUUCACGCUGGAGAAGAAUUUCACACAUGUGAAAUUUGUUUGAAACAGUUUUCCUACAAAAAGGCGUUAAAUACACAUAUGAAAAUGCACACUGAAGAAAAAUCUUUUAAAUGUGAGAUGUGUCCUAAGAAGUUUUUUCAAAAAAGUGCUUUAAGUGACCAUUUGCUAGUUCACACUGGAGAAAAGCCUCAUAAAUGUGAUCUUUGUUCUAUGCAAUUUGCCCAAAAAGGUAAUUUAAGAAGGCAUAUGAAACAUCAUACUGGAGAAAAACCGUAUAAAUGUGAAAUUUGUCUUAACCAAUUUUCUGAAAAAUGUAGUUUAAAUGACCAUAUGAGAACUCACACUGGAGAGAGACCUUACAAAUGUGAAAUUUGUUUGAAGACGUUUGCUUAUAAAAGUUCUUUAAAUGCACAUAUAAAAAUGCACACUGGAGAGAGCCCUCAUAUAUGUGAAAUUUGCUUUAAGCCGUUUUCUAAAAGAUUCUCUUUAAUGGAACAUAUGAACGUGCACACGAAAGAAAUAACUUAUAAAUGUGAAAUUUGUCUUAAGCACUUUAGUAAAAAAAGUAGUUUAACUUCACAUGUGAAGCUACACUCUGGAGAAAAACCUCACAAGUGUGAAAUUUGUUUUAAGCAAUUUGCCGUAAAAAGUAAUUUAAAAGAUCAUAUGACAGUUCACAGUAGAGAGAAACUUUACAAGUGUGAAAUUUGUUUCAAGGAGUUUGCUUAUAAAAGUUCUUUUAACGUGCAUAUGAAAAGGCACACUGGAGAAAGCCAUUAUAAAUGUGAGAUUUGUUUUAAACAGUUUCCCGUAAAAAGUAAUUUAAUUGAUCAUAUGACAGUUCACACUACAGAAAAACUUUACAAGUGUGAAAUUUGUUUUAAAGAGUUGGCUUAUAAAAGUUCAUUUAAUGCACAUAUGAAAAGGCACAUUGGAGAAGAAUCUUACAUACCCAUGUGCAGUUUGCCUUAACCAGUUUUCAAAAAAAAUACUUUAAUUGAACCGUAGAUGGUAAAUUAGUUUGUAGAAAUAUAAAAGCUGUUUUCCUACCACCAAACGUUACCCCGCUGAUACAACCAAUGGAUCAGCAUGAGAAACUCUAAGGCGACUAAUCAGUGAUGAAGAUAAAUUACUGGUACUAUUAGAAAAACAACAAAAUAAAUAUAAAAGACACCAUUUACCGGGUAGCAGAGGCUUGGGAAUAUGUGAAUGAGAAAGUUAUAAGAAACUGAUGGAAAAAAUUUUGGCCAAACCUUACAAAGAAUGCCAGACCUAGAGGCAGUGCCGGAUUAACCAAUAGGCAAAGUAGGUAGUUGCCUAGGGGCCUCGGCCCCAAAGGGGCCUCGCAUGGCUCAAAACGAAAAAAUAAUAAUUAGAAAUAAAUAAAAACUAUAAAUCAUAUUAUGUUAAAAAAUUCAAAUAUCGCGCAAUACCAGAAAACUGAUGGUCGACGUAUAAAACUACAUUACAAUGCAUACUUUUGUUCUCAUAGAAAGUCUAUGCUGCGAGAAUAAAUGGCUAAUGGUAGAAGGAACAGUACUACAGAUGGAAAUAAGAAAAAAGAUUCGAGAGUGGAGCAGAAAAACACAAGAAAAAGCAGUAGAACGAAAAUAUCCUUAAGCAAGAUCUAAAACAGAAGCAAAACUUAUUUGAACUCAGUUUCACACGGAAAUCCACAGCUAGUGAAGCUGCAACCAAUGAAAAUGCAUGUAAUGAAAUAGAAAUAACUGAAGGAAACAUAGCUUACGUAACUGAAGAAGAUAAAAAAACAUGUAAUGACAGUUCUAUUCCAGUCUAAGAAGUUAAAGAACCAGAAACCGAACCUAAGUUAGAAAUUGAAGUUAAAGAUAAAUUGGGUCCUAAAUUUGGAAAACGACGUAGGAUUACGGAAUACAAUAAAUGAAGAAGUAAGACAAUUUUGGAUUGGGAGAGGUCUUCAGAAUGUAAAAACCUUUAUGGAAGUUUUUCAGCAUCAAUAAGAAAUUUUGAAGGCAUUACAAGAUUUUUACACAAUCUAUGGUUUUUCGAAAACAUAUCAGUGGAAUAAAAAUUAAAAGAGAGUGGCUGACGUAUUCUUCCUCAAAUGGAGUAUCGUAUUUUGGGUUAAUUCUACUAAGCGAUCUCAUUCGCCACGAUCUAGUCCUUAAAAGAACAAGCAGCACAAGAUGGACUGCAAGGGCAGAUGCAACACGACUUAUGUCUAAAGAUUACAAUGCUUUCAAAUCUGCUCUUUAUACUCUUGCAGAAGACACUAAUUAGAAAGCUGAAACAGUUCAUGAGGUUAAGUAUUUGUUGAAAGAAAUGCCAAAAAAGAAACAUUCAUAAUGAAUGAGUUUUUGGCAACAAUUUUAGAACGCAUCAACGCUGUCAGUAGUAAAUCAUUACAGAGAGAAGAGAUUGAACUUCAAACUACAGUUCAGCUUCUAAAUUCACUUUUGGAGUUCUUAAAAUUCCAAAGAGAAAAUUGUGCUUACUACGAGCAGAAGACCUGCUAUCUACUAUACUCUGAAUAUUCCGAAGCGAGUAAACGAAAGCGAGCAAGAAAACUACAUUUCGAUGAUGCUAAUUCCAAUUAGGUUUUUUUACAGAGUGGACAAAAGUUAAAGGUUGAAACGUAUAGGUAUACUAAUGUUCAAUAAUAGUACAGCUAAUUACUGAGCUGAGUCGUCGGUUGGCAGUGUACGGGUCAGUGAACUCAGUAUUUUUUUUUGUGAGUUUUGCCAAAAUUGAGUGAUAAAUAAAGGAGCGUGCUUCAUAACUACAUAAAAACUAUCCUGAUGAUAUUGAAUCUGAACUCUGAAUCUGAAGAUGAACUAGAGCAGUUCAAAUAUUUUAUAGCCCAGCUUCAAGAAAACAAUUUAUUCCUGCUUCAUAGUCAUUUUGGGUUAUUUCGCAACAGGCGAACGGACAUUUUUAGAAAUGAAAAUGAUGGACAACGAAGAAAGCCUAGGUUUCUUAAGCGGCCUCAUAGCUUGGGUUGACUAGGGGCCUCAAGAUUCUUAAUCCGUGACUGCCUAGAGGCUGAAGCAACCAAUUUGUUAAGGGACCUUGUGCAAAAUAUUCCUGGCCGUGAAGAGGCGAAUAACAAUGAUGUAGAAGAAUAGGUGCGAGCUGAUGGUGAUGGCCACGAGAUAUAUGAUAAACAGCAAAUCAUUGGGUGCGUUCGGACGAUCACAGCGGCUGACUGUCAGCACAAAGCAGCUUAGUGGUUGUAUCCAGCGCUAAUAGGAAAAGCUUAGUAAACUUCUCAGCGGCUGAUUUCCAGCGGUGUCGUGUGACAGCUAGAAGCGAUAGCUGUCUCAGCUUUCAGCCGUUGUGGUCGUCCGAACGCACCCAUUGAAAUGGUUAUAGAAGAACCUUCAAAACUCUCUGAUGAAAGUGAUGGAGAAGAAGGUGUUAACAGCGAACAGCGGGUAACCCACACAGAGGCUGCGUUUGAUGUAGCGCUACGCUACGUAGAGCAACAACACGCCAGUGGAUACCAUGUUUUUGAGACACUGGCGUAACUUAGCUUCGAGGAAAUGGAAGGAAAUGUAGGAAAAGUAAAAUGUGAAAAAUGUACUACAAUUAAUUACCUACUUAAAAUAAUAUUUUAUUGUCAUUUUUAGAUACAUUAUAUAAAGUAGUGGUUUUUAGAGUAA